AUGUCCUCGCAGGCGAAGUCCCGCACAGAACGUUGUCUUUCCGCGUCGCAGAUUGCGAAAGAUGUCGGUGCCUUUGAUCUCUGGGCAGACUACCAAGGCUGCGAAGAAGUAUCCUUCUCGGCCGAUCUGCCAAGUUCGAUCAAAGUACAUACGGAUGAGGUGUUCGAGCUCCUGGGGCACCUCCCCAAUGUCUGGAUGGUCGAGGGCACCAAAGUCGGCCGCAACCUGGCACGUUUCGCGGAUCCGGAAUUCCUCAAGUUCCUUGCCGCUGCGAAAGCGACACAACCAGACCUGUUCAGUGCGGACGUUCCGCAUGAUGACGAGGCCAAACGCAUCCUGGGCGAUCUCCAGGUGGUCUUCAUGGCCUGGGAGAGCGCACGGCGGAUGCGCGAGUCAAGUCGCAAGUGGUCCGAAGCGGACUACGCUGCCGGAGUCUAUGGUCUAGUUCGGCGAGCUGCCAUACGGUAUAGCGAGCAGAGGGAGCAAUGUACUAUUGCCCUUCCACAACCCUUGACGCGACACAAGGUCAAUUCCGAAACCGCGCGUAUAUUGAAAGGGAAAACGGCCAAACCGGACGGGUCCCUUUUCGUCCCUACGCGGCAACUGGUGUCUGAGCUCUGUGAGAAAGAGCAGUCUCCCUUCAACAUACUGCACCGGUGCUCUCGCGGAGCGCAGAAGAAAGGCGCAUCCAGCGGCGAUGCUUCUUUCAGAUACCAAGCUACCCUCUGCGCCAAGCUCCCGGACGCGUGCGUUUUUGAGGUUGCGAGCGCGUUUUGGGAGGAUAAGAAGCCCUCCCAAGAUGAGCUCGCCGUCGCGUACCGCCAGAACCGCAUGGCGUCGACCGCGGCCCUUCGGCAGCUGCACGCGCUGAACGUCCGCGCGCCCGUCUUUGGGCUGGUCUGGGCCGACGGCAGUGUGCGCGCACACACGGACUGGUGGGACCUCAAGACCGAGGGCAAGGCCGACGUCCUGAAGAUCUACUCCGCGGCGUAUGGCAACCUUCCCGCCCAGGGCGACCGCCGACAGAGUUCCGCGUUUCAUCAGUGGAAUCUGGCCGAGCCCGCAGACAUCAUCCAGGUCUACCUUUUUAUGAGGAACCUGGACCGCUGGACCACGGGCGCAUUCCGGGACGCGGUCGUCGCGGGGAUCACAGACCUGGCCAGGCGCGUCAAGGCGGGCGAGGCGGACGUAGUUUCGUGGCGGCGCAAGGGCGACCUCAGCCUCUCUGUCGCGCAUAAGGUGGCCGCUCCCCCUCCGCCGGAGCCCGACACCGUGUCGGCCGAGCCCGCGGCAGCUCCUGCAGCCAAGCAACGCAAGGCCAAGAAGCGCAAGCACGCGCCGCGCACCAGCUUGGGGAGCAACUGCUGA